AUGUCAUAUUCAGUCUCUAAUCUAAGGUACAUUGACCCACAAGUGCUAAGAACCUGGUUUUCGAAAGGGUCACCAACAGGAAAUGGGAAAUUCUCCAUAGUGGAUGUCCGUGAUCAUGAUUACGUUGGAGGCCAUAUUAAAAACUGUUUACAUUAUCCAUCAACUAAUCUUUCAGAGACAAUGCAAGAAGUCAUUGAAAAAGUGAAGCAAUCAGAUGAUAUAGUGUUCCACUGCGCACUAAGUCAACAAAGAGGUCCUUCAGCUGCUAUGAAAUUUUUGAGGUCUGUUCAAGAUGGUGAUUUGGAUGGGAAAUCUGUAUGGAUCUUAAGAGGUGGUUUUACAAGAUGGCAGGAAUUGUAUGGUGAGGAUAAUGAGGUCACUGAAGGUUAUCAGAAAGAUAUUUGGAAGUUUGGAUAUUAG